AUGCGUCUCAUCGCCCUCGUCCUCGUGCCCAUGGCGGCGGCCGCUUGCCACGCGAUGCGCCAAGGCGGCCUCACCUGGUCGUCAGCCACGCGCAUGAACCAGAUCCAGUGUAUCGGCUCUCACAACAGCUACCACCUGCAGCCGUCGCCCGAGGAGCUGGUGACUAUCGAGCAGUUCAUUCCAGGCUCCUCGCGGGACUUGAAAUACUCGCAAGCGGCGCUCGACAUUCAGCUCAACUAUCAGUCGAUCCGCAGCCUCGAGCUCGACGUAUACGCCGACCCUAAGGGCGGGCACUACGCCAAGCCGCUGAUCCGCAAGCUGGCCAAGCUUCCCUACGACAAAGACCCCCGCUGGCACGAGCGCGGCACCAAGGUGCUUCACAUAGCCGACGGCGACGUCCACACGACGUGUGUCACGCUGAAGCACUGCCUCGAGCUCGUCAAGGGCUGGAGCGACGCCCACCGCGCUCACAUUCCCCUGCCCAUCCUGAUCGAGUUCAACGAGUCUGACCCGGGGCUCGUGCUGCUCGGCGGCGCCAAGGCCAUCCCCUGGAACGACGAGAAGCUGCUCGCGGGCCUCGACGCCGAGAUCCGCGCCAUCUUCCCCGCCGACCGCCUCAUCGUGCCCGACGACCUGCGCCGCGGCGUCGGCGCCAACCUGACGCUCGAGGACGCCGUGCUGCAGCGCGGCUGGCCCGACCUCGACUCGGCCCGCGGCCGCGUCUUCUUCCUCAUGGACAACGGGCCCGUGUCGCCCAUCCGCACCGCCUACACGGCCGGCCACCCCAACCUCGAAGGCCGCGUCCUCUUCACCAACGCCGCCGAGGGCGACGCCGACUGCGCCUUCCGCAAGCUCAACGACCCCGCGGGCGCCGCCAACACGGCCGCCAUCCAGCGCGCCGUCCAGCUCAACUACUGGGUCCGCACGCGCGCCGACGUGCCCCUCGAGACCCUCUUCAGCAACGACACGACGGGCAUGCGCGACGCCGCCCUUGCGAGCGGCGCCCAGGUCGUGAGCACCGACUUUCAGCAGUACGGCAUGUCCAGCCCUUCGGGGGUCGACUACGCCGUCAGGCUCGAGGGCGGCCGCGCCGCGCGGUGCAAUCCCGUCGUGGGCCAGCAGUGCGUCGUCGACAAGCUGGAGCCUGAGUCGCUCUGCUUUGCCAUGUAA